AUGAAAAGUCAUACUGGUGGAAAAGCUAGACAUUCUUUUACUCCUCAUAUUAAUGUUAUUCGAGUUCCAAACUCAAAAACAGCUUCUAAAUCAGCAGUAUCAAAUAGUUUACUUUUCGCUUCUAAAUCUGAUUUACAAGAUACAAAUCAACAAUCAAUACAACCAUUUCUUGUACAAGAAUAUAGUUUAGUUGAUAAAUUUUAUUACGAAAAAAUCGUUUUAAGUGCAACAAUUGAAAAUGGAUGGGCAUUUAAUUGGGUAGAAAAAAAAUUGUCAAUUGCUAUGCUUAAAUAUAAAAAUCAAAACCUUGUAAUGCCAAGUUAUCACACUCUUGGAGGUUGUUCUUUAGCUGCAAAAUAUGUAUUGCCUGAAGAUGAUGAUCUAACUUUGUCAAGAAAUAUUUGUAAACCAAUUGGAGAUAACAAUUGGUGGAAUACAAUAUCAGAAUUAUAUAUUUUACUCUCACCUUUAUGUAUUUGUUUAAAUCAACUUCAAACAGACACAGCAUGUUUUUAUAAAGUAUUACAUAUUUUUGAAUGGGAGCAACUUCUUUUAAUUCUUAGCUUUUUGCUUCAUCCUGAUAUUCGUCUUACUCAAUUUAAAUUACCAAUUAAUGAACUUUUCUCAGUUGCAUUACGGCAUCAUGACAUACUUACUAAUAGUGCAUCUAUUGAGAGAUUAUUUUCAUCUAUGGGAUUUUUUCAUACAAAAACCAGAAAUCGGCUAAGUGUAAAAGGAGAUGACGAGCUAUAUAAUGAAUUGAAUGAAAAUUUUAUUUCAAAUACUGGAGAAUGGUCAAGAGUAUUAGAUACUUGGUUCUCAAUGAUAGAGGAUAAAGAAAAUGCAAACCAAUUGUAUUAUGAAGAUGAUGAAUUAGAUAUGACCAAUUCAACCACUAGUCAAAAUUUAUUAAAUACAACUCAUUCUGCAGAUAACUAG